UCCAUGACACAGUGUCGCUCCUCAGGGCGCUUUAAUAGAGUUGGGACACCCAGCCCUUCCCUUACGAUUUGUGCAGCGGCGACAGCACUCUUUCUGCACACCACGGUGAAAUGAGCAGCAGACGCGAACCGUUUAGAUGCAGAGAUCUCCGUCGCGCUACGAUGCGGUAACCGGUGCAGGCGGCGCGCUUCAUGUGAUCUGAGCCCACAACAGGACAUUUUUAUAGGAAUGAGUUGAUGGACCUUAGUUUGAGAGAACCGAUUGAACAGACACGGGGAUUAUUAUUCUAGCCGGAGGGUAGAGGUUUAAUACUUCCUGGAUUAACUCUGCCGUAAUCGGUACGGGCUACAGUGGAGCAACGCCGGCUGAUACUGCGCGCCCGUUUAAACGCUUCUUUUUGUCACUCUGACAGGUGAGCGAGGCUGUAUAUGACAUUAAGCAGUUUUUAUUUAUUUCCCUCAAUCCACAAAUCCUCAAAGUGGUCUUUGCUGUAGAAGGCUACCUGUAUUUGGAGGGUAGGAUGCAGUUCCUCUACCUAACACGGCUCUGCCUGCCCUGAUUCUGGAGAACGCAUUUGCCCCACAUUCACCGAGAACUGUUUCAUAUGGGCGAAGCGAGAAGCCGGUUCCCUUGGUUUUGGACAUGGGCUCGCUGUCAAGAUAACGGUGUGUCCGAUCCAGAGCGGGAGAAGCGAUGGGCCGAACUGUUCGACCAGAUGGAUCUAAAUAAAGAUGGGAGGAUCGAUGUGAACGAACUGCGCACCGGAUUAACCGCCUGGGGGAUCGUUCGCAGUGAGGUAGACGAGAUUGUACGUGUGAGUGACACCAAUCAUGACGGCCAGCUGGACUUUGAGGAGUUCGCACAGUAUCUGCGCACGCACGAGAAAGAGCUCAGACUCAUGUUUCGUAGCCUGGACCGCAACAACGAUGGUCACAUAGAUGUUGCAGAAAUUCAGCUCUGUUUGCGCAGCCUUGGAGUGAAUGUAUCCACAGAGCAGGCCUCCAGAAUACUGCAAAGCAUAGACAGAGAUGGCACUAUGACCAUUGACUGGAACGAGUGGCGGGACCACUUCCUGUUUAACCCCUUGCACAACAUGGAGGACAUCGCCCACCACUGGAAACACUCUCUGAUGUUGGACAUUGGAGAGCAGCUGACUGUCCCGGAUGAGUUCUCAGAGAAAGAGCGGCGCUCAGGUGUGGUGUGGAGACAGCUAGUGGCCGGGGCAAUGGCGGGAGCCGUAUCGCGAACGGGAACUGCUCCUCUCGACCGUCUUAAAGUUUUCCUUCAGGUCCAUGGCUCCAGCGGUGUGAGUUUGUUUAGCGGCUUGCGGGGAAUGGUGCAGGAAGGAGGACUGAGGUCCCUUUGGAGAGGCAACGGCAUCAACGUCCUCAAAAUUGCCCCGGAGUCAGCUAUCAAAUUCAUGGCUUAUGAGCAGAUCAAAUGGCUGAUAAGAGGCAGUAAGGAGGGAGGCUCUCUAAGAGUUCAGGAGCGCUUCAUUGCUGGAUCACUGGCAGGAGCUACAGCUCAGACCAUCAUCUACCCCAUGGAGGUGUUGAAGACACGUUUGACCCUCCGGAAGACAGGACAAUAUUCUGGCAUGGCAGACUGUGCCAAACAGAUACUGCGUAAAGAAGGAGUGCGUGCGUUCUACAAAGGCUAUGUGCCCAACACACUUGGCAUCAUCCCGUAUGCUGGCAUUGAUCUGGCUGUCUAUGAGACUCUAAAGAACGCUUGGCUACAGCGGUACUGCAUAGGCUCGGCUGAUCCUGGCGUUCUGGUGCUUCUUGGAUGUGGCACUGUGUCCAGCACAUGUGGGCAGCUGGCUAGUUACCCUCUGGCUUUAAUCCGUACGCGCAUGCAGGCUCAGGCCUCAGCAGAUGGCGCUCCUCAGCUGUCGAUGCUUGGCCAGUUCAAGCACAUUGUGUCCCAUGAAGGCGUUCCUGGACUUUACCGAGGCAUUGCCCCCAAUUUCCUCAAAGUCAUUCCUGCCGUCAGCAUCUCUUAUGUGGUUUAUGAGCAUAUGAAGAAAGCACUGGGAGUGGGAUCUUAAACCAAGACAAAAUCAGUGUGAAAAACAAAAACAAAACCUGUAUUAAAAAGAGGACGAUGAAGCUUCUGAACCUCGUAAAAAGAGCCUUAGGGAGGCACAGAGGACCCUUAGAGAACAGAAUAAGGAAGACAUAAUCAAUGAAUGACCUAAAAACCUCUACGCUGUACGCAAUCACAUUCCCAUGGCAAUUUACACUUUAAUAGGAUGGAAAGAUAGUUUUGGGCUGAAGCAACCAUUAAGAACAGUGGUUGUGUUCAGAGUAUGUUUUAUCAGUGACUGGCAGCUUGGAGAUCUCAGGUUUAUUGUACACUAUUUACCUGCUAUUUCACAUAAACAAUUUCUUAUUUGCAAAGGUGAACACUGUUGCAUAGUACUUCAUUUUACAAGGAAUGUAAUGCCAUUACUGUGGCGUGGUGAUUAACGUGGCGUAACUGACGCUUCGCAAAGACCCGCCCCCCUUCGUUACUGUUGCUAUGUCCGAUAAGCUGAGUUCUCACGCAGUGGAAUAUACGUUACAUCGCGGAGCAAAGACGAAGUUGACAACGUGCCGACAGACAAGACAGAGCAUGUUACUUUAGGUAUGAAAGAAGCGCCUCCGUUUAAGCAGCAGGUGAACCAAUCAUCUCUUCCUCUUUACCAGAGGAAAGAGAAAAUACGACACCAAUUUUCAAGUUAAAGUCCAUCAACGUUAAAAGAGAAGUCCACUUCCAGAACAAAGAUUCACAUAUAAUGUACUCUCCCCCUUGUCAUCCAAAAUUAUGUCUUCCUUUCUUCAGCUGUAAAGAAAUUAUGUUUUUUUAGGAAAACAUUUCUGCAUUUUUCUCCAUGUAAUGGACUGGUACGGUGCCCCAAGUUUGAACUUCCAAAAUGCAGUUUAAAUGCGGCUUCAAAUGCGGUUGUAAACGAUCCCAGCCGAGGAAGAAGGGUCUUAUCUAGCGAAACGAUCGGUUAUUUUCAUUUUAAAAAAUACAAUUUAUAUACUUUUUAAUCUUAAACGCUCAUCUUGCCUUUCUCUCCUUGAACUCUGUGUAUUCUGGCUCAAGACAGUUAGGGUAUGUCGAAAAACUCCCUCGUAUUUUCUCCCUCAACGUCAAAAAUCAUUUCAUAAUCAUCCUACAUCACUGAAGAAGUACUGACACAGUCUUUGCAAAGUAAACAUGCAAAGGAGAUCAAACACCCUCAACAAAAAAGAUAAAACAGCGACAUAGGACGAUUCUGAAGUUGAGGGAGAACAUGAGUUCUUUCGGAACAAAAACAGUCCAGGCAGAGUAAGACAAGACGAGCGUUUGGCAUUAAAAAGUAUAUAAAUUGUAUUAUU